AUGCACAGUCCAUCCGUAUUAGAAACAAUUGAGCCAAAUCUUCCUUCCGAAUCCUCUGAGCCAGAAUCUCUCUCUGACAAUUGUGGGUCCUCAAAACUGACAAAACUUGGCCAAAAGCCAAGUUUGGAUGACCUCAGAUCAUAUCAAGACAGCAUUAUCAAGCGUAUCAAAUACCUUCGAAAAAUCUAUGGUCGCAAGCUACAUCAUAUAGCUGAAUAUGAGCGCCCAAGAACACAUAGAGAUCAUCUUCUGGGCGAAAUGGAAUGAAUGGCCGAAGAUUUUGAUAGAGAAAGAAAGCUAAAAAUCGCGUCUGCCAAGAAGCUAGUAAGAGCUUCAUUGGGAAUCAUAAAGCAAAAACAAGAACAAGCCCAAAAAGUCUCUGAAGAAGAGCUUGCAAUGAAAAAAAAACUUGCCAAUAGGGUCUCUAAAAUGAUUACUAAGUAUUGAAGCGCUGUUGUUAAAAUAGCUUGUCAUAUAAGGUCGUUACAAGAGGAAGAGAAAAAACAAAACUUAAGGAAUAGGAGGUUAGAUAAACUUGUGGAUAAACAGCUGGAAUUGUCAAAUAAAGUUGCGAAGAAGCUGCAUCAGGGAAAUGGGCCUGUUGUGAUACAGCUGAAAUGAGAAAAUGAACAGUGAAGGGCAUGGGAAGACAAAGAUGAGGUACAAAAUGUAGCUGAAAUGGCAAGCCUGAUGCAGCCGAAAGGAAUUACAUUAGCAACCUCAAAGGUGUUUACAAAGCUGCCGUUUUUAAUAAGAGGACGGCUAAGAGAAUACCAGCAUAUUGGCCUUGACUGGCUUGUUACCUUACACGAUAAGAAGCUGAAUGGGAUUUUAGCUGACGAAAUGGGUCUUGGCAAAACAAUCCAAACUAUUGCUCUGCUUUCUUAUUUGGCCUGCGAAAGAGGGGUUUGGGGUCCACAUUUAAUAGUAGUCCCGACCAGUAUUGUGAUGAACUGAGAAAUGGAGCUAAAAAGAUGGUGCCCAGCACUCAAAGUCCUCACAUACUUCGGGACUCAAAAAGAAAGGAAACUUAAGCGCCAAGGAUGAUCCAAGCCCAAUUCUUUUCACGUUUGCAUUACUUCAUAUAAGCUAGUCGUCCAAGACCAUUUUGCAUUUAAAAGGAAACAAUGGUAUUAUUUGAUUCUUGACGAAGCUCAGCAUAUAAAGAAUUUUCACUCCCAAAGAUGGCAAAUAUUACUGAAAUUUAAUUCACAGAGAAGACUUUUGCUUACAGGAACUCCAUUGCAGAAUGAUGUGAUGGAGCUAUGAAGCUUGUUGCAUUUUUUAAUGCCUGAUUUAUUUAUUAUUAUUUUCUAUAAUUUACUUGUCAUUAUUUUAGGUACAGUUAUAUUUCUAUGAAAAUAAAGGGAGUGCUCUAUAGGAUUUAUAGCUUUUUAUAUAGUAAAAUAUACAUCCCAUGAAGAUUUCUAUGCAUGAUUUUCAAGCCCAUUUCACAGCGCAAUCAGUAAUAAUACUGAUUUUUCGCUUACAGUCAUUCAAAGACUUCACUCAAUUCUCCGACCUUUUUUAUUGAGAAGAAUGAAAAAAGAUGUAGAAACGCAGCUUCCUGAUAAAAUACACCAUAUCAUUUUUUGCCCAUUAUCAAGAAGGCAGCAAUACCUUUAUGAUGAAUUUCUAGAAAGAAGAUAUGUACAAGUCUCUGGAGACUGUGUAAGCUUAAUGAAUGUAUAGUAAAAUAACAGAAAUAAGCUUUAUUUAUUUAAUAUUAUAUUUUAGAAUAUUUAAUAAUAGAAUUAUAUUAAUGCAACUACGAAAAGUAUGCAACCAUCCUGACCUUUUUGAGCCAAGGGAUGUAAAAGCUCCUUUCCAAAGUGUCCAAUUACGAAUUAAAAUGCACCCUAUGUUUUUAAUUAAUGAUGAAAAAAUCUACCCAUGGGUAGGAUUUGCAGAUAGAGAAAAAAACAGCAAAAUUAACGCUAUAGAAAUCAGUUAUUUAGCAAAUUUAAGAUGAAAAUUAGGGAUUACGAUGGUUCCUGAACUGAAAAUUGGAAUAAAAAUCCCUGCAGCUCCAUCAGCAGUCCCUUAUAAUAAGAAAAAAACUGAUAUUGUGCCUAUAUAUGGAGCUGCUUUGCAUGAUUUAUUAAAAAUUGAAAAAUUGAAAAAUUACAGAGGAUAUUCAGCAAAUCUUAAUAAGGUGUAUAAAGGAAAUAAAUAUAAAAGAAGGGCAAUAAAAGGAAGCUAUAUCAAAAUUAUUAAUCCAAGAUGAGCAAAAAUUUUGAUUUCUUCUCUUGAGGACAGAUUAAAAAGCCUCUCAGAAACCAUGAUAAGAUAUCAAGUGAUUCAGCCUAAAGUUUCAAAUCCUUCACCAAUACUGGAUUUAGCCAAAAAUUGCCAGGUUUCUGAUAAUUUAAUCGCUCAAGAGCAAUAUCUUCAAUAUAAAAUUUUCCCAAAAAUCGCAAUCCUGCACUAUUUAAUUACCAGACAGCAGCUUUUAUUCCCUGACCGCCAAUCAAUCGAGCAUGACUGUGGAAAACUGCGAAAACUCUCAGCAUUGCUCCACAAGCUCAGCCAAGAAAAUCAUAAAUGCGUGAUUUUUACUCAAAUGACAAAGAUGCUUGAUAUCCUUGAAAAAUUUUUAAAUCUGCAUGGAUAUACAUAUGUGAGACUUGAUGGGAAUACCAAAGUGGAGACACGGCAAAGGGUCAUUGAUAUCUUCAAUUUAGAUCCAAGAGUUUUUUGUUUUAUUUCUUCUACAAGAAGCGGUGGAUUAGGAAUUAACUUAACAGGAGCUGACACAGUCAUAUUUUACGAUACCGAUUGAAACCCUGCAAUGGAUAAACAAGCCCAAGACCGUUGCCACAGAAUCGGCCAAACCAGAAACGUCCACAUAUAUCGUCUUAUUUCUUCUUACACAAUUGAAGAAAACAUUCUCAAAAAAUCCUUACAAAAAAGCCACCUUGACGAUCUUAUCAUGGAAGAAGGCCAAUUUACCACACAAUAUCUCCAGCACCAGCGGGUAAAAGUUGAAGAAUUCUUUGAAAAUGUCUCAGACGAAGCCUUAGAGGAAGCCUGCAAACAAGUAGAAGACGCAGAAGACAUCAAAGCUUUACGAUCUGCGCAGCAAGAAGAAAUCCAAGAAGAAAACGAGUUUGAGGACUCUUCAAAACAGUUUGAAUUUAUGAGCCAAGUUGACCCAGUCACUAAGCUGUGUAUUGAUAAUUAUUUAAUUGAACACCCUUCUGAAGACAUUGAGGAAGAAAUUGAAGAAAAUGAAGAAAGUGACGAAGAAAGCAGUGAAGAAGAAGAUCAAGAUAUGGCCGUUGAGUGGGUGGAUGGGGGUGAACAAAUUUAUAAGGAAAGAAUGGAGUUCUUGACAAGCAGAUAUAUCGUUUAUUAA